AUGAUAUUCCUGAUUGGAAAUAACACUUUCAAUUAUUCGAUUUGCUAUCCUGUUUUCAUGAUUGGAGACAAAAGAGCCAUUCAAUUUCCCUAUGCAAUUUUAAUAUUUUUCGAGCUAAUUCUCACUAUAAUUUCUUUUUAUUUUGUACUCAAAUGUGUGUAUGUUGCUGCAAGAAUUCGAACUUUUCAUCGGAAUUUAACUGCUUUAUUGAUCAUUUAUAGUUUACAAUGGUUUGAAGGUUUGGCAUCCAACAUUAUGAUUAAGCCCUAUGAAGUUGGUUAUUGGCCUUUGUUGGAAUACACAGAACCAAUCAAACAAUGGUGGACAGAUGAUCAAUCCAAAAUGACACGAGUCUCAAAUAUGGUUGAAUCACCUUACUUUUUUCUCGGCGGAUUAAUCAAGUGGCACUAUAUUUUAUCACUUAUCACAACACUUUUGUUUGUAGCAAUCGAAAGAUGUUUCGCUUGUUAUUUUUUGAAUGAUUAUGAGAAAAAAUCGAGAAAUGGACUGUUUUUUGUUUUGGUAUUCAGUCAAUUCAGUCUCAAUAUUGGAACUGCAUUUGCAUUUUUCUUUAAUAUUUCUCAUUUUGCUGUCGGAUUGGCAUACAUUUUAUCAUCUAAUGUAAUUGCAAUGGGGAUCUUUUCCUAUGUGAAAAACGUAAAUCAACAAGUGACAAAAGCAAUUGAAGACUUUUCGAAUCCCUCCAUUUACUGCCUUCCAGCUAGAUUUCAAGCCAGAGAAAACGUUCGAUGCUUUCAAAUGAUAACCAGAGUUAUCAUAUCAGCUCUAUGCCUUAUUUUCACUGCGUGUUUUGUUAAUCUGAUACUGUAUCUUGAACUCCUUCCCAGAUUAGAUCCCUUAUUGAAUUUGAUUUUCGAGUGUGCUAUCAAUUUGAAUCCCGUUAUCAUCUGUCCUACAUUAAUUGGAUCAGUGGAUGCCUGGAGAAAGUUCACAUUAUCUAGCGGCUGUUGUAAGAAGGUGAAAAUGAAGGUUCGGAGAAGAAGAAAAACGAAAGUGAGCUCAACGGAUGGAGGACUGAGAAUUGAUAAGACAAAGGAGACAAAUGCAUAUUUUGAUCAAAUCCCCGAGGACGGUUUUGAUGAGGCAGAAACAAAGAAGAACUUGGUGAUGGCCAGAACACGCAAAGCUCAACCGGAACCCAAGGAACCACUAGCUAGGACUCCAUUGAGAAAAGCAUCCAAAAAGAAGAAGAAUGCAGUGGUGGUGGCUCCGAGUCCAGUUGCCAGGAGUCCAGCUGCAUUCUCACCAGUUGCCAAAAAGAUUCAGGAGGAAAAAGUGAACGAGGUGUUGAAACAUCUGAAGUCACCUGUGCCACGUCCAGAAGAAAACAAACCGAAGGAUAAGAAGGGAAAGAAGACCAUCACAGAGACAGAGGAAGAUGAAUUGACUGCUGAUCGGAUGAGUCAUAAGUUUAUUGAACAUAUUGGAUUCAUUGAAACUGGGCCAUCUCUCAACACCUACUACUUGACCCAUCUGCUCAACAUGGCUCAGUCCAUUGAAACGCACGACGCCUUCACUCGGAACACUUUCAAGAAUCGGAAUCCUGACGUCUUCUGUAUUGAUAAGACACGUGUGAAGCUCAUGGAUCCGAAUAUUGAGUACUACAUCCACGCCAACCACAUCAAAUUCGAUAGACUCACCAGAACCUACAUUGCCACUCAACAUCCUUUGCCUGGGACUUUGAAUGAUUUUUGGGCGAUGAUAGCAGAUCAAAAAGUGGAAUUCAUAGUAUCCCUAACCAAUUCCAAAACUGCAAGCUUCCCAAUUUAUUAUCCAAACAAACCAUCCACAUUUCGAAACUUUGGACAAUUCUUCGUCUACUGUAAUUCUGUGAUUCCACCGAAAAUGAAAUACAGAUUCACCGAAUACAAAUUCGAUUUUGUUGCACAAUCAGAAAAAGAGGAAAAGCGCACAAUUCGUCUUUAUCAUUAUCCGCAUUGGGUUAAAAAUACAGUACCAGCAAGUACGAAAGUGGUUUUGGAAAUUGUUAAGAAAUUGAGAAAGAAGAAAUCCAAUUCGCCAGUUGUGGUUCAGUGUGAGACAGGAGUCAAUCAAUCGGCUGAAGUGAUCUACGUGGAUGCAGUGUGCAGUAUGUUGGAUAGUGGAGUUGAAGCUAAUUACCACUUCUUAUCAAUACCUGAUCCUCUUAUCUGUCAAAUGGCGUCGAUUAUGUUCUCCAUUUCAAAAGACUUCCAAUACAACAUGUCCGAGGAGCCAAUUGAUGAGAAGCAUCCUUUGAAGAGUCCCCCUAUGAGAGAUUUGUGCGAGAAAGAUGCAAAGUGA